UAAACCCCCAUGAUUCUUCCUGUCCACACUCACAUGUUGAGAUCAAUGAAUCAGCCUCCCUCUUCUGCCCUUUCUCUCCACACACACACACCUUGUCAUUUUCUCUCCCUGCAACCAAAAUUUCACUUCAUAGAGUAUAAAUGCAGACCUAUACAUCAUCAAGAUUCUCCACCACAAUAGUAGUAGUUCAAAGGCCUCUCUUUUAUACCACUUGAUCAUCAUCUCCCCUCAACCACCACCAUCUCAUUGGGAGUUUAGACAUAUCACAUCAUCAUCAUCAACAACAACAACAACAACAACAACAACAAUGGAAGAGAUCAAAGAAGCCAUGUUUGAGAAACCAUUAACUCCAAGUGAUGUAGGGAAGCUCAACAGGCUAGUGAUUCCAAAACAACAUGCAGAGAAAUACUUCCCACUUGCUAACAAUGAUUCCUCAGCUGAGGAAAAGGGUUUGUUGUUGAACUUUGAGGAUGAGCUUGGCAAGCCAUGGAGGUUUAGGUACUCUUACUGGACAAGCAGUCAGAGCUAUGUACUUACUAAGGGAUGGAGUCGGUAUGUUAAAGAGAAGAAACUCGAUGCCGGAGAUGUUGUGCUCUUUGAGCGCACCGUCGCCGGUGACCGUUUCUUUAUCGGUUGGCGACGAAGACGUACUUCACCGGAUAAUAUUAUUUCACGUGCAUGGACUCAUGAUACUUCUCCUUAUUUCUUUCAAAGAGUGCCGAAGAGAUUGAGAUUGUUUGGAGUGAACUUAGAGUGCAUGCCGGAGCAGCAAACGGAGCCGGAGAUGAUUCACAGUUCAGCAUGCUUCAUGAGAGAGAAUCCUCACUUGUGAAGCAAGAAUGAAAAAUUAAGGUUAAAAUAAUAAUAAUAAUAAUAAAUUUAAAA